AUGUCUCAGCAGCAUCACACAGGGCAGGAGGAGGGUGCGUUCAUUCCGACAACCUUGGCGACAUCUUCAUCAGCAAAAUCUCACUACAGCGCUCCACCGAAGGCCAACAGACUUGCCACGGCUGAGGUGCAAGCCGACACGGUCUACUGUCAAACAGUCACGUCGACUGGCACCAUUUGUCCCACAUUCGUUCAGAUGGCAUGUCUUGCCUUGUCAACCAUCUCCAGCCAAUGCGGAUGUCCAUCGACAGUUCCAACGAAAUCAGUCGACUACCCGUGUGGUGGAAACCCACCACGUGGCUGCAUGGGGACUUCAUAUAUCUACGAGACUGCAACCCCAACCUGUGGGGGCGUCACUUUCACCACUGAGGCUGUUCCCACAAUUGCGCCAACUCCUACUCCCACUACUGCCGGCCUCGAGGCAUGUCCAACGGUCUACACAACAGAAAUCUUUGCCAUUGCCCAACGCCAGUACCCACCGUCACCAUUAAGAGACUUACAGGUGAUAUCGAGCAAUGAGGGGGCAAGAUAUCAGAACAUCCCGGCUGGGAUGCAUUGCCUUGACUUCGACGCACUCAAAUAG